CGGUGGACAUGGUGCAGGAAUUGGCAGCCUACCAAUCUCGGGGCAGAGCGGUGACUUGUCUUGUUGUUGGCUCUCCACGUUGCCAAGGCACUGAAACCGAAGCAGCUCACUGAAUGUUGCCAAGGCAAAGAUCCGUCGAUUAGGUUACAGCCUGAUGGCACUGGAGCAGGACAGCAGGGCUCAACAAUCCUCUGAAGUCAUUGUCCCCUGAAAUUGAGAUGUUCAGUUGUGUUCCUGGAGCACUUUUGUGUCCCACUGUCAGCGGUGCUGAUGGUCAGCGUUAACCACCAUCCUCGCGUGCACGCUGGUGGAAGCGAGGAGUAUGUUCAUUCAGACCCAGGACACCCCAAACCCAAACAGCCUGAAGUUUAUCCCUGGCUGUACAGUACUGGAAUCGGGCACCGUGGAGUUCUCCGCCCCUCGAAGUGCCUUCUGCUCUCCCUUGGCCAGGCAGCUCUUCAGGAUUGAUGGGGUGAAAGGGGUUUUCCUCGGGCCUGAUUUUAUAACCAUCACCAAGGCCAGCGAUGAGGUGGAGUGGAAACUGCUCAAGCCGGAUGUGUACGCCGCCAUCAUGGAUUUCUUUGCGUCAGGCCUCCCGAUCCUGACAGAUGAUGCUCCGCGCUCCGAUACAGCUCCUUCAGAGGAUGAUGAUGAAGUUGUCGCCAUCAUUAAGGAGCUGUUGGAUACCAGGAUUCGGCCCACGGUUCAAGAGGACGGCGGUGAUGUGAUCUACAAAGGGUUUGAAAACGGGAUUGUCAAAUUGAUGCUGCAGGGCUCAUGUACCAGCUGCCCCAGCUCUGCCAUCACCUUGAAGAGUGGAAUUCAGAACAUGCUGCAGUUCUACAUCCCAGAGGUGGAGGGUGUUGUACAGGUACUGGUAACGAAAGCAGCCAGUGACCUAUCAUGGGCUACCGCAGGGAUCAGUGCCUGGACCCCAGCUAUUCAUAACAUACAUUGAUGAUUUGGAUGAGGGAACUAGAUGUAAUCACACCAAGUUUGCACACGAAACAAAGAUGGGUGAGGAGGAUGCAGAGUUGCUUCGUUCUGAUUUGGACAAGCUGAGCGAGUGGUCAAGUGCGUGGCCAAUGACAUGGAAGGCAAAUGAGUGUGAGGCGAUCCACUUUGGAAGCAAAAACAGGAAGGCAUAUUAUUAUUAUUUGAAUGGUGAUAAAUUGAGCGAGAGCAAUGUGCAAUUUACUCCAUUCGCUGAAAGUAAACACGCGAAUGUCACAGGCAGUAAACAGACAAUUAGAACAUUAGCGUUGUUCACAAGAGGAUUUGAGUACAGGAACAGGCUGUCUUGUUGCAACUGUACAGGGGCCUUGGUGCACACCCCAUCUGGGGCACUAUAUGCAGUUCUGGUCUUGUUCUCUGAGGAAGGAGUGCAAUGCUUGUUUCCUAGAGGCAUUCCUGGGAUGCUAAGACUGAGAUGUCAAGAGAGACUGAAUUGGUUAGGAAUAUAUUUAGUGGAGUUUAGACGAAUGAGGGGCAAUCUGAUAGAAAUCUAUCAAAUUUCAUAAAAUUCCAACACGCCUAGAUUGUGUUAAGCACCGGAAGGAUGUUCCCAAUAACAAAGGCUCACAGUCUGAGGAUACGGGUAGGCCAUUUGAGACUGAGAUGAGGAGAAA